CGCAGCAGACAAAGGGCCCGGCCGGCGACAAAGGGUCGCGGCCGCGCCUGCGCAGAGCCUUCCCGGAGGGCGCGGCCUCGCGCCGUGCCCCCGCCCCCUGGCGCUGCGCGCUGACGUCACGGCGGCGCCACGGCGGAGUUGCCAUGGCCGCGCUGAGCGGCCUGGCGGCGGCGCUGAACACCCUGGCGUCGGCGCUGGAGUCGUACAGGGGUCGGGACCGCCUGAUCCGAACGCUGGGGUACUGCUGCCAACUGGUUGGCGGGGUCCUGGUGGAACGCUGUCCAGCCAGAUCAGAAGUGGGGACACGCCUGCUGACCCUGUCCUCCCAACUCAGCCACUGUAGGACCGUCCUGCGACUCUUCGAUGAUGUGGCCAUGUUUAUCUACACGAAGCAGUAUGGCCUGGGGGCAGAGGAGGACGACACCUUUGUCCGCUGCGUGUCGGUCCUCGGCAACCUGGCCGACCAGCUCUACUACCCCUGUGAGCACAUCGCCUGGGCUGCUGAUGCCCAGAUCCUCCGCGUGGACUCUGCCCGGUGGUGGACAUUGAGCACAGCCUUCUGGGGCCUAUCCCUGCUCCUGGGCAUUGCCAGGUCCUUGAGGAUGGUCCUGACGCUGAGGCGGAGGCUGAGGGGCCCUGUGGGGGCCUUCACCAGCCGGCUGCCCCGGAGCAAGAGGAGGGCCGUGGAGGCCCAGGUCCGGUCGGAGGUGCUGACCCUCCUGAGCAACGUGGCCGAUCUGGCCAACGCCGUGCACUGGCUGCCCCCGGGUGUCCUGUGGGCCGGCCGCUUCCCCCCGUGGCUCGUGGGCCUCCUCGGGACCAUCUCCUCCCUCCUCAGCGUGUACCAGGCUGGCCGGGCCGAGGCCACCACCCCGUGACGUGGCCGGAACCCCACCGGAGCGCCCCUUCCCGCAAAGCAGAAAUCACUCGGGCGGGGGCUGGGUCUGUAAUUGAGCGACUCAAUGCCAGGUGUAGGGACGUGUAAUCCAGAGAACGCACGGGGCCGCCUCGGGCACGGGCCCACGGUGGGCCAGGAUGUGGGCAGGGGUGCGGCCCCCUGGGGGCCGAGGGCCAGGGCCUUUCCAACUAGGCCGGGGCUCCGUGGGGGCUCCUCUCAGGGCCAGAGUAGGGGUCGCCGGGCCUCACGUGCAGAGAAGGCUGCAUUCCAGUAAAGGCGAGCGGGGGAGCCAGGACGGCGUGCGCCACGCGGGCCUCAGGAAAGUCGAGAUGGUGAUGGAUUAAAUAGGGUGUUGGUGCCGGGCCCAGUGUGAGAGCUUAUUUCUAAAUCACUGGCCCCCAGCCCCUCCCACCUGCAGGCCUCCCGCUCACACGCCCUGUUCCUUCCCGGCAGCAGCGGUGGCGGCGGCCCCGUGCAUUUUGAGGGGGGGUGCAGGUGCUGCCUGGGAACCACACCUCCCCAGCCCGCCUUCUGGAACGUGCUGGCCCUGAGCAGCCUUCAGCCAAGGCGAGCAGCUCUCCGCGCCUCCGUCUCGGGCACAGGGGCCACGUCUGUGUCUUGUCCCCCCGGGCAGCUCCAGGGUGCUUACUGUGGCCGAAGCCUUUCACACUCCGCCACAGCUUGGGCCCGGGGCUGGUCUGAGUGUCUAACGGGCUCCAGGCUGCGCUCGUCUCCCACGUCAUGGGGAUCAUGGCGGGAUGGGAUGUCUCAGGCUGCCCCGUGAGAGGCCCCCGCAGAUGGUGGCCAGCCCACGUCUGCCCGUCUUGACGUGGCCUCGGAUCCCCCACCUCUGGGUCCUAGCCAGAAAGCGGAGGGCAUCAGGCUGUCCCUUACGUCCCGCAAGCACCGGAAAGAGCCAACAAAAACGGCAGUUUGCAGCCCCCGAGGCUUCAUGUGACACCCCCCCGCCUCUUGUCCCACAGGGAAGCUAUGUGGUGGGAAAAGCUGGGAUGCGGGGCCCCUCAGGGUUAACACGGGGUGCAGAAGACCCCCCACCUGGCCCUGGCUGGAGCACCCUGCGCCACCCAUCCCUCUGGACGAGGGGAGGGGCCAGGCUGGGUCAGCCUCCCCCUCCCCUUUCGCAAAGGGGGGACGUGCUCCCCUUGGCCCUUAGCAGAGGCCCCCUUCCCAGCACUCAGGGCACCGGGGGGCUGGGGUGGGGGUCACAGCACUACCUGCUUACCUGCCUGGACACUCGGGGAGUUCAUACCUGUAAGGCACUUGGAGCACUGUGCUUGUGGGGAAGCCACAGGAACACCCGCAUGCGUAACCUGUCUGGUCACAGGUCCCUCGGCAGGCUGGUGUCCCCGUGGGCCUGGGCGGAGCCAGAUGCCAGGGCUGGGGCUGUGCUGGGACACACCGGUGGGCAGACGAGAAGCCCCACCUGUAGCGUGGCCACACCCCCUGCCCAGUGCCCUUCCCCGCCUGGCAACUUCAGCCUCUUAGGUGGGGGCAGAGCCAGCCAGUUCCUGGGAGCGGGGCCUGAAAGCGUUCUCCCAGCACCCAGGGAGCACCUGCCGUAGCAAACUCAGCUCCUUUGGGGAGCAGGGAGGCAGAUGGGCCUUGGGGAUGGCCCUACUCGGGGCAGUGGCUCCUUGCCUAGGAGGCUGGCAUCCCAAGAGCACAGGGACAGGCCUAAAUGGAAGGGCACCCCGCCAGAGCGGAGAGGACUUGGCCGCAUCCCCACACCUCAGCCUCGUCUGGAGGGCUGCUUCUCCCGGGGGCCCCCAGGCGUCCCCACCGCCUCGGACUCCGAAUGUCUGCAUGCGGUCAUCGUCCGGAGCUUC